AUGUCGCUGAAUGGCUUAGACGACCCCAAGGUCCAGGAAGCCCACGAGGCCGCCGUCGCCGAACCCGGAGGAUGGUUCCUCCUCAAGUACGCGAGUCGCGAUGAAGUCGAGCUGUUGGGCCGUGGCUCGGGCGGUGUUGUCGAGGUGCGCAACAAUGUCGCCCAGUAUGACGAGACAAGUCCCCUAUAUGGCUUCUUGAGGUAUCGGAGGAGAAAUGUCUUGAUCAAAUAUCUCCCCGAGGACUGCUCUCGCCUCAUCCAAGCACGCGUGGCCGUUCAUUUCAACGCCGUCUGCGAGCGAUUCUCCCCUUACGAUACCACCUUCGAGAUUGCCGACGCCAAGGAACUUAAAGAUACCAAGCUAUCGGCUGCAUGCUCCCUGCAUGCCGCCUCAGGGUCCAACUCGUCGUCCUCGAGUUCGCUGCGUAGGAGGCGCCUAAUGGAGAUCGCGGAGGAGGAAGAGGAGGAGCAACAGCAACGGGCCAACAAACGUCAGUCGCUCGGUGCGGACCAGGAUGACGAACGCCCCCAAACGGCCAAAUCAACCCAGGAACCCGUGACGCUCAACUCGGAACUGGCUGCGUCCCCCGAGGCGAGCAAUUUCACCGCCGCCUCGACCUCUGAGGUGCCCAAUUUCGUUGGUGUGGAUGAUAGGCCCGUUUCCCCUUCACAAUCAAUGGAUGGACCGGGACGGAUGUCAUCACAAUCAAGCCGGCCUGAAUUGUUUUCCUAUUCAUCAUACACAUACGGCAAACCAAAGGUGAAGCUAGGCCCGCGCCCGUCGCUGGAGACGGGCAACAGGCCUCAGACCGCUGGAGGAUUUCGACCUGUUUCGCAGAUUCCCUCCGGACUUAAACUAUUCGGCAAGGGCUCUAAGAGGAACAAGAGCAAGGACGAAACCGCCAACGCCGAAGAGCUCCUCGCUGUGACCGAGAAUGAUACAUCUGUUUCGGAGGAGCCGCAGAUUGCUCACACAGAACUCACCCGACCUGCCACGAGCUCUGGAGUUUCUGCUCCCAACUCGCCCAUGAUGCCGCCACCGCUGCCUUCAAAGCCUACUAUUUCGCCUGAGAAGGCGAGACUUAUGAAGGCGAUGAAGCUCAGAGAGAAAAAGAAGAAGAACCUAGCCAUCAAGGCGGCGAACGCCUCUGAUUCUCCCGUCACUUCUCCCGUUACCAGCGAGGAGGGACCCUUGGAGGAGAGGCUCGAGGAGAACCAGGCACACACUGACGACGAGAACAUGAUCACCGAGGCCGAGUCGGAUCGACCAUCCAUCUCCAACGCGGACUCUGGAAUUGGUCUCGACGCUUCAUCAGCAUCUAUGACCACGGACCAGGCGUCCGACCUUACGCAGACUGACUCUCACCCCGACAGCCCAGUCAUUGCAUCCUCAGAACCCGAAAUCUCUACAAAAGCAUCCUCGCUAUCCGAGUCCACUGAUGAAACUUUGCACCCCAAGAGUGACGAUGCGCCCGACGAUGACGAGAAAGCCAUUGAUGAUGAAGUGGCUGCAGAAGACGAUGCCUCCAAAGAACCAGCUGCCGCCACACAAUCACAGCCUGUUGCCGAGAAGAAGGCUGAGGGCACGACUGCCGAGUCGCCCUGUGAGGCUAACACCAGCAUUCCAGACCGGCAGACGGCAUCGUUGGUGAACAGUGGCAAACCCGAGACAAGCAAAAUUCCAGACACGCUCGACACAAAUGCCACGACCAAUGUCAACAACAAGGACGACGAACCCCUCUCUCCCUCGUCCGCCGCCCUCAAGAUCCCCAAGUCCAAGUUCUCGACCCAGGACCUGAGAUCUGCAAACAAUACCCCCGCCCCUGAACAGAACGCUCGCGAAAGCAGUCCCGUCAUCGUCACCGAGGACGUUGAAGAGGAGGCUGAUACCCAAGACGUCGUCCCAGAAACAACCAAGCUGCCCGAGACAAAGCAACCGAAGCGCAAGGCCGCCAACAUCGAGCCCAUCCGCACCGACUUCUCCACCGACACCAGCCGACCGGAGUCUCAAACAGGUAACCUGUCUGACGACGAAUCGUUGAUGGAGGAACUGCAGAGCGCCACCCUCCAGGAGGCAAAGCCCAUGUUGGUCGCCAAGAGCCCUGUUACUCCCGUCUUCCCAAGCCCGACCAAGGGUGAUCGGUCGCCUCAUAUCAUCAGGACCGUUUCGAACCCGGUCCGUGGGAACUUCCUCGCCCCUGGCGAUGUAACCCAGAGCUCGGCUCGGUCUGCGAGCUCCGGGGCGGCAUACCUGCACAAGGUUGCCCAGCAGCCCGUUGGACCAAACCUGUCCAAGAAGUCCAACGUGGGAUCCAGUAUCUCUCAGCGUAUCAAGGCCCUGGAGAAGCUCUCAGCCAACUCAGGCGAGGCCAACCCCAUCGCCACCAGUCGGGAGCGGCCCUCAUCAGCCUUCUUUUCUGUGAGAAGGAGCCGAGAACCUUCACGCUCGCCGUCGGUAGCAGAUCGAGCCAACUCGUUCAACCGCCAGAACCUCCGCACACCGCCCUCGAGAUCCGGCUCCCGUGAUGAGUCCCCAGAGAGGACGAGGCGGACACGCCGGGAGCGGUCCAACUCGGUUGCCAGUCGGUUGUCCAUGUUCGAGCCGCCGCUAACGGAGAGCGGUGGCUCGCCAGGAAGUACACGAGGCCCAGAGUCCAUCUCAGUGACUGCCAAGAUCGUCCGAGAUCCGAGUCAGAACACGGCCAAGGCCAUGGAGCCACCUAAGGACCCAUCCGAAUACAACCCCGUGGAGCUUAAGCAGUCUCCUCUCCUGGUUGACCACCAAAAGUCGGCACCCGUCUGGACACCUGCGGCCCUUGAGAUGCCUAAGGAGACCCUCUUGGAGCGGCGCAUGUCCAAGGAGGGACGGAGGUCCGAGUCCCGGAACCGCAGUAAGGAUAGCAAGUCUCGGCGAUCUUCCCUGACUGUCGUUAAGGACUUUAUCAACGACCGUCGAAAGUCGCUGACCUCACCUUCGAGCGAUGCUCUUCCAUCUUCGGCUGCUUCUCGCUCACCUACCCGACCCCCGUCGACACACCACAAGCGACUGUCCAUCAGCAGCCGUCGAUCGUCCUUCAGCCGGGACAGGGAGAACGUGCUGUCGCCCUCGGCCACGACCGAGAGCUCCGCUUCAGGUGACGAGACCAAGUCUAACAGUGACAAGUCCAAGUCUCGCGCUGCCCGCUUCAUGCGCCGACUCUCAUCCCUCUCUAGUUCGCGAGGCAAGACCACGCCCCCCACCGUCCUCUCCCCUACGGUCCAGGAGGAGGUGCCCGAGCCUCCCCGGCCAGCGACCACAGGCCCACCAUCGAUCGUCUCGUACAUGGGCGACGUCAACGUGCAGUUCCCCGACAACCUCCUCUGGAAGCGACGCAACAUGUGCCUUGACUCCCAGGGCUUUCUCAUCCUGAGCGCCCUCCCUGGCCAGAGCGGCCGCGCUGCCCAGGGUACCAAGCGCUACCACCUGAGCGAGUUCCGAACCCCCUACAUCCCCGAUGUUGAGGUCCAGGAGCUGCCUCACAGCGUUGUUCUUGACCUGAUUGAGGGAAGCGGCGUGCAGCUUGCCUGCAUGGACCGCGCGGGACAGGUCAAGGUCCUUGACAUUCUGCGGGACGCUCACGCUGGUCAUGCCGUCACCUUUGGACUGUAA